CGCUGGCUGGCCGGCCAGCAGUCUGCAAAUGGAGUACCUAACGUGGAUAGGUUUCUAGCUGUCUAUCUGUCUAGAUCUGAGCUGCUUGGGUGCAUGCUUUCAAGUGACUCUCUGGGCUGACGUGACAAACAACGACCCUGACUCUGUCAGUGAGUGAUAUGUGCGGGUAGUAGAUCAAUGCAUGCGCAGAUAAAUAAAUGUGACCACCGACCAGACUUUGUAGUCUGGCUGUGUAUUCGGCUCGGGCCGCGGUUUGCCGCGGUUUGAUGGAUGGAAUCGGCACCAUUUGGGUACAUCAUUAGGGUUUCAAAACCAUUAGGGUUUCAGACCCAAGCCCUUUUGGUUCUUUCACCAAGUCGCAACAGCGUGUCGGCGAUUCGUUGUUCUCGUCAGUACAUGUUCAAGGUCCACUGAGGAAGUUGCGAGUUUCCCUCCAACACCAUGUCAAAGGUUUCCCUCGCUUUCCAAUGCCGGUGCCGGGACACCAACCCAGGGGACGCUGUGUAUGUGGUAAGGACGCACACAUGACACUCCUAGGCGGCCAGCUAGCCACACAGGGCGACGGUGGAUGGUUGGAGGAGCAGGGAGGCCGCUUCAUGGACUUUCUCUCUCUCUCUCAGAGCGGACGGACACAAACACAUGUGUGGUGGUCGGGUCGCCUGUGUGUGUGUGUUGCAGGUUGGAGGGGCGCCCUCUCUGGGCGAGUGGAACCCCAAGGUGGCCGUCCCGCUUGACACGAGCGCAUCGACCUUCCCGCUCUGGAAGACACACCAAGAGGUAACGCUCCCCCUCGACCGUCAGGACACAGACCACAUCGAGUACAAGUACAUCAUCAAGGGCGACGGCGGCACCGUACGGUGGGAGCCCAUCCAGGGCAACCGCACACUCACAUUCGACAGCAAGCCAUCUGGUGGUGCGGGUGGUGAGCUGGUUGCGGCCUCGCCAGCGGCGGACACCUGGGGCACUGGGCCCUUUUGUACGCCCCUACAGCUCAGUGCGGCUAGUGUCGUCACUGUCAACGGCAAGAAGGAGGGCGGGAAGGAUGUGGGGUAUCGCCGCGACGACACCAUCGACACUUCAUCGACCGCCCCCAGCCCCAGCGCCACGGCCGAUGCCAUCCACACGCCCAGCAACGCCAAUGCCACAACCCUGCUGAGCCGGUUUCACGACCUCACACAGAACAACGGCAGCAAGCCGGUGACGACUGUGGGUGGGGUGGCGGCGGAUGUGGACACGACUGAGCCGGAGCCGACGCCGUCGAUGUCGCCGAUCAGCAAGAAGCAGUUCAUCGUGUCAAACCGCGGGAACCUGGAGGACGCCUAUGUCAUCAAGAAGAAGCUGGGCCAGGGGUCGUGGGGCAGCGUGUACGAGGUGACGGCCAAAAAGAAGAACUCCCAGGGCAACGACCUCAACAUACUCAGAGGUACGGACGGGCGGACGGCUGUGGGGAUGGCUAUGUAUGGGGAUGUGAUGGCUGAUAGAUAGGUUGGUUGGUUGUGGGGUUCGUGUGGGCUUCCCAUCCACUGUGUGUGUGUGUGUGUUGGUGUGCCGUGCACUGCAGCCGUCAAGAAGAUCGCCAAGUGUUAUGUAGAGGAUGUGGAGAGGUUCCGCCUGGAGAUCCAGAUCAUGAGGGAGAUCGACCACCCAAAGUAGGCAGGCCCGCCAUUCGCUCCUACAGCGCUCGGUGUCGCCAUCUCAUGGAGGCCGCCUGUGCUCAUACGUUGCUCGCGUGUGUGUGUCUACAAUCAAUCAGUGUGAUUCGUCUCUACGAGACGUUCGAGGACGACUCCUACAUCUACCUCGUCCUGGAGCUCUGCCAAGGUCGGUCGGCAGGGCACACCAGGGUGGUCAUGUAGACAGAUGCGCAUGGCCGGCCAUCCUUCAACCCCUCCCUGCUUUUCUCUGGUACACAUCACAUGGAUGGUUCUAGGUGGGGAGCUGUUUGACCGUCUGCUGGCGGAGGGCACCUUCUCGGAGGUCGACGCCUGCAGGAUCAUGCGGCAGAUCCUGGCGUCCAUCAACUUCCUCCACAGCCAAUGCAUCGCACACAGAGACAUCAAGGUCACACACACAUACACGCACACACACAGGCAUCCACACAAAUGCGUCCAUGCACGGCUGUGCGUGUGUGUGUGUGCUUGGCGUGUGUGGUGUCUUUGAUGUGGUCCAUUGUGCAGCCUGAGAAUUUUUUGUUUCUGAAGAAGGACAAGGACUCGCCGUUGAAGCUGAUCGACUUCGGUCUGGCCAAGAAGUACCGCGACGGCGAGCAGAUGACCACUCGCGCCGGCACACCAUACUACGUCUCGCCUCAGGUGUGUACCCCACCCCACACACCUAUAUAGCUCAGACACACAUGAAGACAUCAAUCACCACACACCCAUACCCAUUCAUUGUGUGUGUGUCUGUGUGUGUGUCUCUCCCUCUGUGCCGUGCAGGUGUUGGAGGGCAUGUACGGCCCGGAGUGCGACGAGUGGUCUGCGGGGGUCAUCAUGUACAUCCUCCUGUGCGGGUACCCGCCAUUCAACGCGCAAAACGACGCACAAAUCAUGAAGAAGGUAGGUUUUCACAUGGGAGGGACGGAGGGAGACACAAGGUUAGACAAACACAUCUGGACGUCCCGUCCACCCAUGGAUGGCAUCAAUCACCCGAUGGCUUUCUGCAGGUUCGUCAGGGCACGGUGACGUUUCACGACAACGAGUGGGCUCACGUGAGCGACGCCGCCAAGGACCUCAUCCGGCAGCUCCUCACCAAGGCACCCUGGAGACGGAUCACUUCGCAAGACGUACGCAACACGUUCACCCCACAGCAAUGCAUUCAAUGAUUUGUCUUGUCUUGUGGUUGUGUUGGAUGUGUGUCUGUCUGUCUGUCUGCACUCACUGCAGGCGUUGCAGCACCCGUGGUUCAGCCAGCUUCUGGGCGCCGACACACGACAAACCACACCCAUGAAACUCGACGUCAUCGGCAACUUCCGGUGUGUUGGUGUUAUCACACAUUCACCCAUACACCACCCAAUCAACGACACAAACACACAAACAGACAAACUUGUAUGGCCAUGUAUGUUCGUCCGUGUACCUGUGUGUGUGAAUCAGUCGCUUCCAAGGCCUGAGUCGUCUGAAGAAGAUCGCCCUGACGGUGAUUGCGCAGCAACUCAACGACGAUGACAUCGCAGGCAAGACCAACCACACCAAACUAGCCCUCCGUCCCUCCCUCCCUCCCCACUCACCGACCCCUCCCGACAUCAUCUCUGUGUGUGUGUGUGCCUGCAGGUCUGAAGGAGGAGUUCAUCAACCUGGACACGGACAACAAGGGCAUUCUGUCCUGUGAUGAGAUCAAGCAGGGUCUCAUCCGCAGCGGCGUGCCGCUCCCGCCCGACCUCGACAAACUGCUCGAGGCCACCGACAGCGACGGCAACGGCACCAUCGACUACACUGGUGCGUGUGUGUAGAUCUCGCACACACGACUCCCAUCAAUCACACCUUGUUUGGUGAGUGAGUGUCUUGACCGUGCGUUGGUGUGCUGCAGAGUUUUUGGCAGCAUGCAUCAACCAGUCGCACUACAUCCACGAGGAGGCGUGCAGGGCUGCCUUCCGUGUGUUUGACAUCGACGGCAACGGACUCAUAUCGGCCGAGGAGCUGCGACACGUCUUCGAACUCUCGGGCGAACACCUGGACGCUAUCGGCGACGGCUGCAUCGCUGGUCAGUCAGUCAGCCAAGAGGGAGCCGACAGACAGACAGACUCAAACACACAAACAGACAGGGACAGACAGACAGACAGACAGACAGACAGAGUGCCGACUGUCCUUGUGUGCACAUGUGUGUGUGUCAAUCAAGACAUCCUUCGGGAGGCCGACACCAACGGCGAUGGGGAGAUUUCCUUUGACGAGUUCGUGUCGCUACUCAAGAGAGGUAACUACUAACCAACCAAACCACCAGAGCCGCUCUCCCGGAUGCCAUGCCCGUCUGUCUGUCUGUGUUGGUUGCUGCAGUUCCCAACGACGCGAUGGUCGACGACGACAGCGCCAUGUUGGUCAAGAAGGUGGCGUCGCGGCCGAUCUGCCUGCUCUUCGAUGACGGCGAGGCGCCCCUGCAGGGGCGGCGACACUCUGUCUUGUCCGUCACGCCCCGGCCGCGCAUCGACAACGGACUCGUCGACACAGCUGGCGACACCACCAAGGAGGCCAGAGGCGAAAACAGAAGGAGCAGCGUCGCCUGAUCGACCGACCCGAUAUAUCCGCAUUUACCUUCGCCUGGGGGUCACACUUUUGUGCUGCAUGCAUGCGUCCCUGUGCCUGCGGAAUGCAUGAUGUUUUUCGCCUGGCAUGGCCGCCUGUGGCUUGCUGUCUGACUUCAAUGUGGGGUUGCGGUGGGUCUGUCUUUCGUGCCUCUCCCUCUCCGUCACGUGCUGGGUGGGCUCGGUUAGCGCGGUACAUCCGCUGCGUGUGACUGUGCCGGCCUGGUGCGUGGCUGAGAGGGGGAGACGGGAAGACGCGACUUGACGACAUGCCGGCUGGCUGCUGCAAUGAUUGAGUGGGAUGAUCUGAUCCAUCGGCGAAGUGUUGAUUGAUUUCUUGUUGUGUUGAUUGAUGUGGUGGGUGGCUUGUCAUAUUGCUGGAGCGGGUAACCUCGAUCACCGAUCUGUCUCUAACAGAUCGGGUGGGCAAGGUGACCAUCUUUGGCGUCAUGGCAAACACUCACUCGUUGGGUAACAGCGGUGCCUGCUCGCGUGUGCGUUGGGGCGGGGCGGGGCGUCUUGAAGUUGGCACGGCGAAUGUAUGUGUGUGCGUGUGUGUGAUGGCGAGAGGAUGGGAUGGGAGGAUGGGAGGGGGUGCGUAAGUAAGUAAGGAGUUUAGUCACCGACUGACUUCUUUCUUGUCUUCCAUCAAUCCAAUCCGUCCACACACACAGACAGACAGCCAUGUGUACGUGUGUGUGGCAUGAAUGCAUUGAAUGAUGGACCCAUCUACGUGCGGCUUCUUACUACUGACUCGACUACUCACUCUACUUAAGUCGCACUUCCCUUUUUCUAGUGGGGUUCAUCACACAACACACAUCAAUGGCAUCCCACCUCCCUCCCUCCCUCCCUUGUUCCCUCCCUCCCUCUCGGCUUGAUGGCGGCUUUUUCCCAGCCAUGCAUGCCAGCCAGGGAAAACAUACCUCAGAUGCACCGCACCCACACAGCACUACAUACACCACACCACAUACACUCAAUCGCCACUAUGAAUGACCCUGCCGUGUCUGUCGCUGCUUGGAGGAAGGGACCCUUUUCUAUUGUGUCAUGUCUGUCGUCUUGUUUGGCUCCCAACUCCCCGCCAGCCCCCCACUAUACUGCCGUUUGCAGACAUCCUGUCUUUUUUGCCGUGUCAAUGAAUGUUUCUGUGUGUGUGGUAAGUGUGUAAGUGUCGACGGAUGGAUCGAUGACGACAUGACAGUGUGGGCGAGUGGGUGGGUGUGGUGUAUCUGGUGUAUCUGCUACUGCAGACGGAAUGUAUGUGUCUCUCGUGUGUGUGUGUUGUGUGUCAUUGAUCGAUCGCAGUGAGGACCGAAUGACGAUGUGCGCCGUGUGUGUCGUGUGUCGUGUAUGUGUGUGUGUGUGACGGAUGCCGUCGUGUCAUUUGCGCCAUCCAUCUCUUUUUCGAGUGCAUUCUCUCUCACGUCACCUCACCUGGGAGGAAGGCAACUAAGGAAUAUAUAAGUAGGGCGUGGCGUCGGUCGGUCUUGACAGACAGACAGACAGUCGGGUCGGGCGGGGUGUGUGGUGGUGAUAGAGACAGACACUAAUUAAGCA